GUACAGGUACUCCAUUCAUCUCUAUGGGACCAACAAGGAUAACUGAGUACAGUGCUCCUCCAUUUACUGGUUGGGAACCCAGAAGUUGGACUCCCACAGACCAAAUACUCAGCAUUUGUCUUGGAGAUGAGUGAUAAUGGAUGACCAAAGACGGAGGACUCUGGUUCUGCAAGGUGAUAAGAGCACAUGGAUCACUCCAUCAUGUCUGACUGAACUCCUCCAAUUGAAAUCUCGCUAUCCACUGGCUCCUUUGGUAGUGGGGAACACAUUUAUUGGUCCCCCGGUCAAUCUAAUUGGAUCAUUUUAUCCCGUGAUCAUUUCCCCCGCGAGGGUCCCAGAACUGAGCAUUGUGAGUUUAGCAGAGAAAGGUAUAACCAUCGGAGCAGCAUGCAGUCUGGCAAUGGUUCGAUCUAUUUUGUCGGAGGCUGUAUCUCAAUUACCAGAGGAGAAGAACAAGAUCUUCCGGGUCAUUCUCCAGCAGCUGUCAGGAAAGCAGAUAAGAUAUGAAGCGUCCCUUGGGGGAAGCAUUCUAAGUGGAAGCUCUUCCUGGGAACUGAACCCUAUCCUGGUUGUUGGAAACUGCACCUUAAAUCUUGCAUCAAAAGACAAGAGACGUCAAGUAACCUUGAAACAAUUGUUGUACGAUGAAUCAGGAACAGCAGCUCUCACGACAGAAGAGAUUCUUAUAUCAAUUAAUAUUCCCUUCUCCAAGAAGGGGGAAUUUGUGUCUGCAUUCAGGCAGGUACAGAAGUGGGGAAGUUCAGCUCCGGUUGACAUUGCAGCCAUAAAGGUCAUAUUAAAAGAAGGAACAGACUUAAUAAUAUCCAUGAAUAUUUAUUAUGGAGGAACAGAAUCAGCCUGUAUUUUUGCAAAACGUGUCAGUGACUUACUUGUUGGUAGGCGCUGGAACGAAGCAAUGCUCGAUGAAGCCUGUAAAUUAUUCCUGGAGGAGGUACCAGUUCAGGAAUUAGCCCUACAUGGGAUGACAGAGAAUGAGAAAAUGCUGGUCAUCAGCUCUUUAUUCAAGUUCUACCUUCAAGUGUCCAGGGAACUAGAGAACACAAAGCACUUUUCACAUAAUGGUGUCAAUGAAAAUCAAUUCACCUUUUAUGCCUCGGACAACAAGAAUUCUUUGAAAGCUUUCCAGCAGAGGACAAUGAAUGGUUCGAAUGGCUUCCAUGUUGAUCAUAGUGAAGAUUCCAGUCUUGUAAAUGGACAUGAAAAUGGCCAGUCAGUACCAUACAAACCUCAUGCCCUUCAGACCAUAGUAGAGGAAGAGUUUGAUGAUGAAGACACAUCAGCUGUAGAUGGAGAACUUUUUCUAGCAUUAGUAACCAGCAGCAGACACUAUGCUAAAAUCAUAUCCAUAAAUACAGAAAAUGCGCUUAAGGUACCUGGAGUAAUUGAUAUAAUAACCAUGGAAGAUGUCCCAGGACUAAGCACCUCUGAGUUGCUUGCAGAACAUGAGGUAAGAUACAUUGGACAAGCUAUAUGUGCCGUAGUAGCAAACACCCAGAACCAUGCCAAUCAGGCAGCAUCAAGAGUAAGAGUACAAUAUGAGGACCUGGAGCCUGGUAUUCUAUCCAUUCAGGAUUCUAUAAAGCACAAUUCAUUUUUUGAGCCAGUGAGAACAAUAGAGUAUGGGAAUGUAGAAGAAGCUUUUGAAAGUGUGGAUCAUAUAUUAGAAGGUGAAGACUAUAUAGGAGGACUGGACAAUCUUUACCUGGAAUCACAGACUGUACGUGUCAUACCCAGAUUAGAAGAAAAUGAAACGGAGGUGUUUAUAUCUACAAAGGAUCCAGCAUCCAUACAGGCUGCGGUGGCAUCAGCCCUGAAUGUUCCCUCUGAUCACGUCUUGUGCUGUGUGGAGAAAAGUCAAGGCUUAGUGCACUCGCAUGCUGCAUCUCAAGCUGCUAUUACAGCAGUGGCUGCACACAAAACGGGUCAAGCAGUUACUUCAGUCAUUGAGCGAAGAGUUAAAUUGCCAGUUUUAAGACCUCAGCCUCCAUUCUUUGGCAAAUACAAGGUGGGAUAUAUGGAUGAUGGAAGAAUUAUAGCAUUGGAUGUCACCUACUACUGCAAUGCAGGUCACAGGCCAGAUGAAUCUUUCAAGGUUCUUACUAUGUCCCUACUGAGUGCACAGAAUGCAUACAACAUCCCCAACACCCGAUGCAGUGUUGCAGCAUGCAGGACAAACAUGCCAGCUAAGUUGUUCUGUGCUGGAUAUGGAUUUGCACAGGCAGCUAUGCUUGCAGAGAUUUGGAUAGAUGCAGUUGCUGACAGAUGCGGUAUAUCACCAGAAAAGGUACGGCACUUGAAUCUACACCGAGAAAACAGUGAGACAUCAUUUAAGCAGGACUUUAAUGCAUCUAACUUAUUGGAGUGCUGGGAUGAGUGUCUGGAGACGUCUUCUUACCAUCAGAGGAGAAUUGCAGGAAGGGAAAGCAACAAACAGUUCUCCUGGAAGAAGAGAGGCUUCUCUGUCAUCCCUGUCAUGUUCCCUAUUGGAUUUAUUGGAGACUUUAUCAAUCAGGCUUCUGUGCUUGUUCAUAUAAAUAAAGAUGGAUGGGUGCUAGUGACACCUGCUGGGAAUUACAUGGAUGCAGAGACUCUAACCACAAUGAUGCAGGUUGCCAGCCGAGAGUUGCGGAUACCAGUGCCAGAUGUCUAUGUUAGUGAAAUUAGCACGUCACUUACAGACGAUGGUAAAAUGCCAUCUACAGGAUCAAUAGUGUACACAAUGGCAGUAAAGGAAGCAUGUCACAUACUUCUCCAGCGUCUACAAACACUCAUCAGUCUGAAUCCUGAAGCCACUUGGACUGAAUAUAUAGAAGAAGCUUUCAAGUUAAGGAUCUGUCUUUCAGCAGCUGGUCAUUACAGGAUUCCCGAUCCAGUCUCCAGCUGGGGCCCAGAACAGGGUGUAGAAACACCAGAUUUUAUAUUUGGAGCAGCAUGCACUGAAGUGGAGCUAGACUGUCGAACAGGAAACUACAAGGCUAUAAGAACAGAUGUUGUACUUCAUAUUGGCUCCAGUAGCAGCCAGGAUGUAAACAAUGAGAUGAUUAAAAAUGCAUUUAAUCAAGGCCUUGAAUUGUACACAAAUGAUGAUUUUAAAUACAGUCCUCAACCAACCAUGAAUGGUGCCCACCCCAACAAAGUCGACACUGUGACCAAUGGAAAGGAGCCAGAAGAGAUCAAUGUAACUCUGCUCCCAUCAUCUUCAAAUCCAUAUAUCGGAUGUUCUCCUGAGGCCAUGGAAGAGGUGUCAGCCUUUUUAGGUUCCUCUGUGUUCUUUGCCAUAAAAGAUGCUGUUUUGGCUGCCCGACAACACAUUGGUUUACCUGGAACUGUCCUACUCCCUGUGCCAGCCAGGCCUCAAGAUAUUCGAAUAGCUUGUGGCAACCACCUGAUAGAUGCAAAACUGACUUCAGAUACACAAGAAAUGACUUUGGAUGACCACAUAUUUGGAAACACCAACAGUAGUGGGAUUGAUUAGAAGACCCCACCGAAAGGCCUGGAUAUGAUACUAAUACUAGGCUUUUAAGGACUGUACACAAACAUUGCGAUGGGUGGUGGAUUCAUGGACUAACCUUUUAUAGAAGAGGUGAAGGAUAAUACAUCAGCGGAAAUUAAACAUAAUUCAGAUGGCUAGUAGGUUUUGUAAUGUUUAGUUUUUCUGGACAAUUUACAGAGACACUUCCCGAAAGCAAGACUUAAGACUUGAUAUACCACUUCUGCAUCAUAUGUGAAAUGUCUGUCCCGUUCUUUAUGUUUUGCAUUAGGGGUCAUGUUGAUAAAAUGUAUAGGACCAAUAUAAUGUCAAUUCAUAAAAAAAAAAACUUAUGUAACUGUCAUUAAGAUAGAUGUUAAAUGUUAUUACCAUUUGCAGCCUUCUCUAGUUCUACAUUAUUGAGAGUUUCCUGGCCCCUAAUAAAUGUUGAUA